UCUCAUUUAUAAACUGAAAUGCAACAGGCGUACAUAAAUGAUCCAAAUAUUAAACCGUUAUAAAUAAAGUGUCACAUUAUUUCCCUACAAAUGUCUCUGACAUUUCUUCUUUUCUGCAUUUUCAUCUUCUUGAUCAUCUUUCUUGUCGUGUAUGCCAGAUGGAAUUAUAAUAAAUUGGACAACUUGGGUUUUCCCGUGGUCAAACCAUCCUUCAUCUUAGGCAGUGAUCCACAAGGGUACAAAAAAGUUCAGCAUUUGGAGGACUAUGAGCGAUUCCAGAAGUAUGGAGAUAUUUAUGGGUUCUUUGAAGGCAGGAACCCACAAGUGCAUGUGUGUGAUCCAGAAAUGAUACGUCUCAUUUUGGUAAAAGAUGGACAUCAUUUCAAAGAAAGACAAAAGACAGACUUUGGAAAUCCUGUGACUAAUGAAGUCUUGGACUGGCAGCAUGAGGAAAAAUGGAGAUUUCUUCGGUCAGUAAUAACACCAAAUUUUGCAUCGCAUCGGAUUCGAGAUAUGAGCGAAUGCUUGAGAGAACUGUCAGAAGAGUUUACUUCAGAACUAAAGUCUAAAUCGUUUGGUGACAAAAUCACGAUGGAUUUCAGAUCUUUUGUUGGGUCGCUGAUAACUAAAACAAUCGAAAAAUGCUACUGUGGCAUCCGACUAGAAAACCGAGUCGAUCCUGGACACACAUUUGACAUUCUUAUGAAGAAACUUAUCAGCGAAUUCUCGGGAUAUGACAUCAAACACGAAUUAGUCCGAGCAUUUCCAUUUUUGAUCAAGUGGCAUCCAACCAUUCCAUCCGAACCGAUCGCCGUAUUUCGUCAACUCGUCCUUAAUCUGAUUAAAGACAGGCAAUCUCAGCACACUGAGAAAAUCAAUUUGCAAUACAACUUUACCGACACGCUUAUUGACCUCUUAUCCAAAGCACAAGCCCCGCAAUACCAGCAUCUCAAAAUUACCGAAAACAACGCGGUUGCACUCGCGUUGGAAUUUUUCCUGGCAACUUUUGACUCCGUGAGCACGCCGAUCGUCUUCAUGGCGUACUAUUUAGCAAGCAAUCCGUCCGUCCAGGAAAAAGUUUUACAAGAAAUUGACUCCGUCCUGGAGAAAUGCGAUGGUGAGGCUGAACUUGGGUUUCAAGCCGUGCAGGAAAUGCCAUAUUUGCAAGCCUGCUUUCAAGAAGCGUUACGACUGGCUCCACCAUUUUUCAAAGUGGAGCGGAAAUGCACAAAGGAUUGGGAGUACAAGGGCUAUAAAAUCUCAGCAGGAGUCAAUGUGAUCAUUCCUGUAUGGGCUACAAACCGACAUCCGAAGUACUAUGAAAAUCCAGACGAAUUCAUUCCAGAACGAUGGCUGCAAUCAGGCGAUAAAGAUAAAAGCAACAAUGCCUACGCCUUCUGCACUUUUGGACACGGUCCUAAAAACUGUGUGGGGCAGAGGUGGGCGUAUGAAAUGGGGAAAAUUAUAAUGGCAAAUUUUAUGACGACGUUCACUUUUGAAAUGAAGGAGGAUACCAAAGUUCAGUUCAAACCGGGGAGUUCCUUCAUUCUUAAAUUUGAACCGAUUUAUCUUGACAUUGUUCGAAGGGGGUGAUAUAAUUAGUUGGAAGUUUUGAUGUUCUGUUUUAAUUUGCAUAUCAGACUUUCGUUAACAAAAAAAGAUGAGAUCAGCAGAUAAAUUGUUAAUAAUCUACAUGUAACUAAAUAUAAUUUAAAUAAAAAAUAAUCACACCAA